GGUUGCUAGAUCGAAUCCCUGAGCAAAUCUGUCGUUCUGCCCCUGAACAAGGCAGUUAAUCUUCUGUUCCUAGGCCAUAAUUGUAAAUAAGAAAUUGUUCUUAAAUGACUUGCCUAGUUAAAUAAAGGUUAAAUAAAACAUUUAAUAUGACAGCUUUGCACACUCUUGGCAUUCUCUCAACCCACUUGGAGUUUUCCAAAAGGCACCUAAAGGACUCUCAGAUCAUGAGAAACAAGAUUCUCUGGUCUGAUGAAACCAAGAUUGAACUAUCUGGCCAAGUGUCAUGUCUGGAGGAAACCUGGCACCAUCCCUAAGGGGAAGCAUGGUGGUGGCAGUAUCAUGCUGUGGGGAUGUUUUUCAGUGGCAGGGACUGGGAGACUAGUCAGGAUCGAGGGAAAGAUAAACGGAGCAAAGUACAGAGAGAUCCUUGAUGAAAACCUGCUCCAGAGCGUUCAGGACCUCAGACUGCAGCGAAUACUCACAUAAAGAAGGAGGCCAGUAUAAAUAUAGGGAGCUGGAGACAGAGAUAAAGACAAAGUAAGAUGAACACCUACAGACUGAGAACAAUGUGGCUGCCCCUGCUUGUGUGCCAGCUUUGCCUGAUUCUGCGGAGUGAGGCCCAGACACCCAGCACUUUUUGCAACAUGCACUCAACAUUCAGACCACCAGUGAACUCGGACAUCACAGUGACCUGUGGUACUGAGGUUAUGGAGUUGAGUAUCUUGUUAUGCCCAGUCUACUUUAGUGGAUACAACGAAACCCUGAUGGCCCUCAACGCACAGUUCAUCCUCCCCGGGUGCCAUGGAAUACCUGACUGGAACAUUGACCCUCCAAUCCUGAAAUUCAAUCUGUCAAUAACUGCUGAUGCUGUGGCUGUCUGCUCCAACACAUUCAGGAUAACCAAUGAAGUUGGUAUUGGGUUAUUUUCUGACUUCUCAAAUGUCCAGUUUGUUAAUAUAUCUGGCACCAUCAACUCGCUGGACCCCAGUGCAUCUAUUGUCACCUACCGCCGGCAGAUUAUCUACAUGUUCUCCUGUCGCUACCCUCUGCAGUAUCUGGUCAACAACAGUAAAGUCACAGUAUCGGGUGUGAGUCUUGCAGUGAGGGACAAUGAAGGCAGCUUUGUCAGUACACUGAGCAUGUGGCUCUACAGUGACACUAACUACACUCAGCAACUCAUUGUCCCAGAGAAUGGAAUAAAUCUGAAGACCAGAAUCUUUGUGGGGGUGAAAGCCACCAGUCUAACAGAGAGGUUCCACGUUCUGCUUGACCGAUGCUAUGCAACAACAAGUCCCGUUCCCAACAACAGCACCUACUAUGACCUCUUUGUUGGGUGUACACGUGACAGAAAAACCAGGGUUGAGUUGAACGGAGCGUCUCAGAAUGCACACUUCUCCUUUGAGGCCUUCCGUUUCAUUGAACACAAGAACAUGACCAUCUCCACUUUCUACCUGCACUGUGUCACCCGACUCUGUGAGGUGUCCUCCUGCUCGUCCUUACUGCCCAACUGUUCAGGUUCCUCCAGGAAAAAGAGAGAAGCCCAGGGAGGGUUGGCCAACGACCAGGCCAUAGUCUCCUCCGGACUCAUCAAGACCAAAGUGAACGACGGUCUUCCAACAGCUUCAUAAUGUAAGAAAUUCUUCCAAGCUGCCCUUGAUAAUCACAGUCAUCAAAGCCUAUGCCUUUCAAUAAAAUAAAA